AUGGGAUCUGUAUCUCAUCAGAAGAUAUCAACCCGGUUGAUUAUCUUUCUGAUGAUAGCGGUGGGCAUCGGCAUAAGUCGACAUCCAACCAGCGUGCAAGCAGUAUCGAUUACGACGACGGAUGCCGAGCUGGAAACGACACAGACAACGAUGGCUGCCGCCGACAUGGUGGCCGAAACCGGAGACCAACCGGAAAUGGUGAGCGAAAAGUCCGACCUAAGCGAAGCGGAAACGAAGGAUCCGAAAAAGCUGGAAAUCAUCAAGCAGAUUAGACGGUACAACAGUGACGGUUCGUAUACGGUUGGGUACGAGGCAGAAGAUGGGACGUUUAAAAUCGAAAGCCGGGAUGUCCUGGGGAACAUCAAGGGAACCUAUGGGUAUAUCGAUGAAAAUGGGGACAUUCAACGAGUUUCCUAUAACGCUCAUAACGCCACGGGGAUCAAGACUACGAUGCCAGCUCCGGUUACCGAAGAUAUUGUUCACAUUCCUCCUAAGUUCAACAGAAGUUAUAUCGGAGCACCGACAACCCGUAGACCAGCUUCGUAUCAUUCGAGCACGGCAAUGCCCCAGAAAACCAGUGUUAUUCAGACCAUUCCACGUAAACGACCUCACGUGACUUCUACAACGGAACGACCAAUGUCACGUGUUACGGAAACCAGUUCCCCUCAUUCCGAACCGACCACUGCCUCUAGUCAUAGCUCCAGCUCGAUUCACUCAUCCAAACCGCUGCUAAUAAUUCGACCAACUGCUCUGCCAUUAAUGUCAAAAACAGUCGAACAAUUAGCAAGACCGGAAAAGCUAGAAAGUGAACACAUCACCAAGAUUUACUCCAAAUCUUCUUCACUCAGGCAGCGAGAACCGGAGCGAAAGCCUGUUCGGGGUAACUUUCUCCGGAGACAGUUACCGCAGGACUCCGAAGAACAGUACGAAGCGCAACAACAAGUUGUGUACGGCCAAUCGGCCGGUGAGGAGAUAGCCAACUUAUUCGCUGCGACACCACCGGGUCUGAGACCAAUUUACACCACAACUCCAGCGCCCCGUAUUCCGGCUGCCGUACUUGCAGCUCGUCAACGGGCCGCCCAAAUUCAGCAACUGUUGACCAGCGAACGACCGGAAACGACUACAGAGCGAGUGUAUGUUAAACAGACCAGAAAACAAGAACCAGCUCCGGUUAUGUACGAACCGGCUACGGAACCUUCCUCGGAGAAUAGCUAUGUAACCGAUAUGCCACAUUCUGCAGCCCAAAUUCCGGCAAAUUCUAACCGAGAAGUUACGGAAGCUGCUGAAGAUGAACGUAGGGUUUAUCGACAAAGACCGAUUGAAUUCAGACCCAGAGAAGGUUACCGAUUUGCUCAGGAUCGACCGGAAAGAUAUCGAGUACCUUUGGGAAUUGGUCCGCAAGGUAGAGCUUUCCCCGUAGGUGAACAACCUUUCUACAAAGAUGCUUCCGGUCGAGGCCCAUUGCCAAUACAGCCUGAAAAUUACCCGAUCGACGAAGAGGACAAUAGUGUAGCUUAUCGACAACAAAGGAGACCACAAGGUCCUCCACCGUACACGCAGACUCAGCAAGAACCUCCCACCGCCAACAACGUCCCCAACGCUCACAGCUAUCCACAACAGUCCUACCCGGUUCCAUACCCCUACAAUCCGUAUCGGAAUCCUUACCAAUCGCCUGUCAGUCCAUACUACGACUUUCCGGAAAGACCGCUCACUACCCGAGAUUUUGAACGAAUUCUCCAACUGCUGAUAUUCCGUCACCAGCAAAUCCAACAGCAACAAGCCUACCGGUUCGGAGGUUACACAAAUCCUUACUAUGGAGGGCCAUCGCUAGCCCCACCAUUCAUUCCCGGUGGAUACGGAGCCGGUGGAGGCUAUCCGGCACAAAUUCCUCGACCUCCGUUCUACAACGCCGGUUACUAUGAUCCCCGCUACCAGAAUCCUCUGUACAGUCCUUCAACUGGUAACCGCCAAUUUUCCGGCCCAGCUUCGGGUGCCAAUGGUAUUCAGCAAUCGGGAUCCGACUAUCCACAGCAACCGGACAAUCAAAUUUACCCCCAACGAAGGAGACAACAGUACGCACCACGAAUCGAUCAUGACUACCAAGGUUCGAACGGUGGUGGUGCCCAGCAGCAACUGUCACCGGCGGAACAGAUUCCUGCGGAGGUUCGGGAAGAUCUGCUCUACCGUAUGCUGCUGUUGGCGCUACAACCCGAACCGGCCAUCGGUGGUGGGUUCGGCGGAAUCGGUGGUGGCGCUGGUGGACUGAUCCCGGCUGGUUCCGUACCGAGACCACAGUCAACGCCUGCCGUUCCCGUGUACAGCAAGAAACCGGUGCGGAGUGUGCAAAUUCUGGGUGAAGAAUAA